GGCUGCUUACACCGGCCGACAAACAACAAGACAUCGCCUUCUAUCAAGACCAACGCGGAGAAAGAAAAGCGUUCAUGAGUGGUAACGAUAAGAUUUUUGCCGCUAAGAAGAGAAAGCAGGAGGAACGAGUCGAGAAGCAAAGGUCGAAACAGGGAAGGUUCGCAGCCUGUGAACCAAGCAGCAGUGAUUCGAGACCUCAAACCUCUGUGGUGGCUGACACCCCAACGGAAGUAGAAAUGGAGAAAAAGGACACAGCGAUACAACCUGGCAGGUACACAUCAAAGCACCCUUAUGUGACGGUUCAGCUUCCACGUCGCAUUCUCCAAGAGCCAGCAUUAAAGGAACUCGCUGACCGUCUUCGGAUAUCCAAUAACGAAAUAGUUUCGGUGGUCGCAGCAGUGCUGCGCUCUGCUAACCCGCCAGGCGAUCUGUUUGAGUUCCGGAUCUCGAGAGAGACUGCGAGACGGGCGCGAGCUUCACACCGUCGUCAGGUAGCUGCCGCACAAAGGGAAGCCUUCACGCCUCCACCACAUGCAGUGGUGCACUGGGAUGGUAAGCUGGUUAAGAACGUCGUGGGAGAAGAAGAACACCGACAGGCCAUCUUCAUCUCAGGGCGCGAACUGUAA